AUGGGGAGCAACCAGGUGGCAUUAGACAGUCCACUGAGCUUGGACCUCCUGUGGGAUUGCACACAUCCUUGUGUGGAAUGGCUUUCAGGAUGGGUGUGCUGCAGGAGAUGGACACAGGCUCUUCAGGAAGGACAGGCUGGGAAGCCUCAGACCAUUCGGCAAACUCUUCAAAGGACACUGCAGUAUUUUGAGCACCAAGUUAUUGGUUACAGGGAUGCAGAGAAGAACUUUCACAAUAUAUCAAAAAGAUGCUCCUACACAGACUGCUCUGGCAAUGAAGAAACUGAAGAUGUCUCAGGAAUUCUCCAGUGUACGGCUAAUGUACUUGGUUUGAAGUUUGAGGAAAUGCAAGAAAAGUUUGGGGAGGAAUUCUUCAAUGUCUGCUUUGAUGAGAAUGAAAGAGUUCUUCGAGCUGUAGGUGGGACCCUUCAAGACUUCUUCAAUGGCUUUGAUGCUUUGCUGGAGCACAUUAGGACUUCAUUUGGAAGACAAGCCACCCUGGAAUCCCCUUCUUUCCUAUGCAAAGAGCUCCCUGAAGGCAAUCUCAUGCUUCAUUACUUUCACCCACAUCAGAUUGUGGGAUUCGCAAUGAUGGGAAUGAUAAAGGCAGCAGCAAAGAAGAUUUACCGCUUGGAAGUGGAAGUAGAACAGGUCACUAAUGAUAAGUUAUGCUCAGAGGGGACGAACCCGGGUAACUGCAGCUGUCUGACUUUCCUUAUCAAAGAACACGAAAAUGCAAAUAUCACAAAAACACUUCCGCCGGGAACUUCCCAGUCUCCGUUAGACCUGAGGAUUAGCAUUAGCACCUUCUGCAGAGCUUUCCCCUUUCACCUGAUGUUUGAUCCAAACAUGCUGGUUCUCCAGCUUGGAGAAGGUCUUAGGAAGCAGCUCAGAUGUGACACUCAUAAAACUCUGAAAUUCCAAGACUGCUUCCACAUAGUAUCUCCUAAAAUCAGUGCCACAUUUGAACGAGUUCUCCUGAGAUUAUCUACUCCCUUUGUCAUUCGGACCAAACUUGAGGAUUCUGGCUCUGAAAAUAAAGAUAAGGUGAUGGAAAUUAAAGGACAAAUGAUUCAUGUGCCAGAAUCAAAUUCAAUUUUGUUUCUGGGUUCCCCCUGUGUGGACAAGCUGGAUGAACUGAUGGGCCGAGGCCUCCAUCUUUCGGACAUACCUAUCCAUGAUGCUACUCGCGAUGUCAUAUUGGUUGGGGAGCAAGCAAAGGCCCAGGAUGGCUUGAAAAAACGAAUGGAUAAGCUGAAGGCAACGCUAGAAUGCACACACCAAGCCCUGGAAGAGGAGAAAAAGAAAACAGUAGAUCUCCUUAUUUCUAUUUUCCCUGAAGAAGUGGCUCAGCAGUUGUGGCAGGGGCAGCAGGUUCAGGCCAGGAAGUUUGAUGAUGUCACCAUGCUCUUCUCAGACAUUGUUGGCUUCACUGCCAUCUGUGCACAGUGCACGCCCAUGCAGGUCAUCAGCAUGCUGAAUGAGCUAUACACACGGUUUGACCAUCAGUGUGGAUUCCUGGACAUCUACAAGGUGGAAACAAUCGGUGAUGCAUACUGCGUUGCAGCAGGUCUCCAUAAGAAAAGCCUUAGUCAUGCUAAAGCCAUUGCCCUGAUGGCACUGAAGAUGAUGGAGCUUUCAGAAGAGGUUCUCACUCCAGAUGGGAGCCCUAUUAAGAUGAGGAUAGGCAUUCACUCAGGAUCAGUGCUGGCUGGCGUCGUUGGUGUAAGAAUGCCACGUUAUUGUCUCUUUGGGAACAAUGUCACCCUUGCAAGCAAGUUCGAGUCAGGAAGUCACCCACGCCGCAUCAAUGUCAGUCCAACCACGUACCAGCUUCUGAAAAAGGAAGAAAAUUUUAUUUUUAUCCCUCGUUCCCGUGAAGAGCUUCCAGAAAACUUUCCAAAGGAAAUUCCUGGGAUCUGUUACUUCCUUGAGGUCAGAAGUGGUCAGAAGCCGCCAAAACCAUCCAUCCCAUCUGCCAGAGUGAGAAAGGUUUCUUACAACAUUGGCACCAUGUUCCUCCGGGAGACUAGCCUAUGAGGCCUGCUGCAGAUCAAAGACUCGUCAAAAAAGCACAAGCCCAGAACUGGGUCAUGACAGGGGAGUUGGAGGUUCUUUCUAUUUCACUGCCUUGUUCUGAACAAGCAGUAAAAGCUCUAUGUAAUGUCAGGCAAUAAUAAUUUUUAAAGGUGGGUGACUGCUGUCAGUAAACAGAGUGGAGAUAGGGAAAAAAAAAAUUAAACAAUGUACUUCCACUUCCAGAGGAAUUUCUUUCAUAAAUUUCAGCCUGGCCCCUCUAUGACAUGAAAGACCAAACCGAACAAAAAACCCCUCAACUCUCAAAUUAGAGGUUGGUUUUGUUUUGUGCAGAAAGGAAGAUGGUUCUCUGUAGAUUUGCACCAGCUAAGCAGAAUUGAGAGUCAGUUCUGAUUAUGCAUUCCUACAUUUGAUGUGUUCUUCUGUAAUGAUGUUUUUUAACUUUAUGAACAAACAUUUCAUACAUAUACUGUAGACCUCUUGUAACCUUCCUGGCAGGAGGAAUUAUAAUUCAGUACAAAAUAUUGUAGGAAUUUUACCUAUUUUUAUACAUAUUUCACUUUCUGGAUAAUUACAUUCCACAUACUGUAAGCUGAGCUUAGAUAGCUUUUCAGAAGAAGCUAUUGUGUAUUUCAUACAUUCUGCCUAUCAAACCUUAUUGUUAUACACGUGGGAGGAAGUCACUUUUUGACUUUUUUGGCAACAA